UCUUGUGAGUUGUGACGUUCGUUCUGCCUGUUUUAUUAGUUCACAAUAAUGAAUGUUUCUUAAUGGUUGAUGAGUCUUAUAAUUUAUUUUAAUUGAUGAACUAGUUUAUAAAUUAGUGUAUAUAACUAGUUUGGAUUUACAAAAGAUUAGUCUUGUUAAUAUCGUUAAUUAAUUAUUGGGCAUACAUUCUCAGUGUAAGGUAGAAAGUUUUAACAUGUUUUCUGCCCUUAAGAAAUUAGCAAAAGGCAACGAUGAACGCUGCACUGCUCCAGUACCCAUGUCCUCCUCCUUACAAAAGAAGUUUUCGCGUGGAGUUCACUUUAACAUGAAAAUAUUGAUUAAAGGAGACCGAAAUGUUGGCAAAUCUUGUCUGCUGCAAAGAUUGCAAGGUGGACCUUUUAUAGAAGAAUAUGUUCCUACUGACCAAAUUCAGGUGGCUCCUAUACACUGGACCUAUAAAAAUACUGAUCACAUAGUAAAAGUUGAAGUGUGGGAGGUAGUAGAUAAAGGCAGAACUAAGAAGAAAUCUCCUCUAGGUCUGAAAUUAGAGAACCAAGCUUCGGUAGCUCAGGACGAAGGUUAUGAUACACCAGUACUGGAUGCAACAUUUCUCGAUGUGUACAAGAAUGCAACUGGUGUUAUACUGAUGCUUGAUAUCACCAAACCUUGGACAUUCGAAUAUGUCGUGAAGGAGUUGUCGCGGGUGCCCGCCGACCUGCCCGUGGUGGUGCUUGGAAACCACUGCGACAUGCAGCACCACCGCCAGGUGCACCCACACCACAUCGAGCAGGCACUAGAGCAGGCUAAGCUGAACAGGACGGCGGCAGUGCGGUACGCGGAGUCCUCCAUGAGGAACGGCUUCGGGCUGCGCUUGCUGCACAAGUUCCUGAGCGUGCCGUUCCUCCGCCUGCAGCGGACCAGCCUGCUCGAGCAGCUGCAGAGGAACCAGAAGGACGUGGAGGAAACGGAGAAGGAGCUGGACGACUUCCAAAAUUCGGAGGAGUCCCACUACAAUCUAUUCCUGGACCGGCUCGCCAACAAGCGCCGUCAGAGCCAGGGCGCGCCCGAGCCACGACCGAGCAACGAGCGCUCGCCGAGUAUCGUGCUGGGGGCGGGCAAGCCCAUCGUGCCGCCCGCCGUCAACCCGCUGUUAGCGCAGUCACUGAACCCGUUGGGCAUCAAAGCACAGCACGGGCCGCCGUCGCAGAGCCAGUACGUGAGUCCGGAGCUGAUGAAGACGCGGCCAACUGUCAGCAUGGACUGUACGCCGUCGAGACUUAACCUCCCAGAGAGCGAGCAGAGCACACCCUCAGGUGCCAAGUCCCCGUCGGGUACGCUGGACGAGUUCUACGCGGGCGCGCUGGAUAGCAGCUUCCUGGAUGAUCUCGCGCCUGCGUCAAAUCAGGAACUCACCUAUGAGAGCGACAGUGAUGAUGAAACGACGAACCCAAAGGUGACCAUCGAACAAGACGACGUGGACAUUGACUACGCCGCGAUGAUCCAAGACUUAGCCUCGGAGCAGGCGAAGCCGUUGGGCGAGCCCCUGGAGGACAGGUUCACCCAGCUGAAUGUGACGGAGUACUCACCGCCCGAAGGCGACGUGCACUCCAUCGAGAAUGAAUUCCCGCUUUGGGCCGGUGAUGCCAGCGCGAGGAGGUCGCCGGAAGGAGGGGAAGAUCCCGACGUUGGUAAAGAAACUGAGGUCAAGACUGAGAAAAAACACAAAAAGAAGAAAUCUAAGGACAAAGACAAAGGCGAUUAUUCUGAGAAAUCAGAGAGGAAAGAGAGAAAGAAGCACAAAAAAUCUAAGAGCGAAAAGAAGACAGUAAAUCCCCAGGCGGCUCUACUGGAUCCUACACCGGUCGACGGCUUCUACGACGAUGUUGAGUACGACUCUCUAUGAGUUCAACGUUCACUGUGAUUUUUGCUUUACACUUGUAAGGAGAAUUUGUUACAACGAACAAUGGUGGCAUAUUGAGCCAAACUGCGCAUAAAUCAAAGAAACAGCUGUAGAAGUUUCCUAGAUUAUUAUAGUGUCUUUCCGAAGUGCACAACUUUACUAUGUUAUCAGAUGAGUAAAGGGUUGUCAAAAGUUGAUGUUUGACAGCCGAUCUAUCGCAGAAAAUAUGGCGCUCAUUGCGAAUUUUCUACUUUCCGCACUUGUAUCGUAAAUACCGAUUACGUAAUUAUAUUGCUAUUUAUUGUUGCAUAGCGUGAGCACAACUUACAACAUAAACUAUUGUUUAGCUAUCUUCAGUUGAACUCAAACAAGUUACUUAGUUGGUUACUGUACUUAAUGCAACAUUCAUCAACAGUUCUAGAUUUUUGUUGAUUAUUGUCAAUGACUGAUUCAUUAUUAAAAAAAAAGUAAUAAAAUUAAUUAAAUCAUAUGUACAGUACCGGUGAAAAAUUGUAUCAUAGUUAUUUAUGAUUUAUAAUACACGUUUUUAAACUCUUUGAAUAGGUAUACUUUAAGUAGGUAUUACUAGUAUUAUUUAAUAUACAAUCACAAAACUAUGACGAUACACCUUUGAUCGGCUAGAAUCGCGUAACUAGAAGAUCUGAUUUCUUGUUAUAAUUAUUGGUCUUUUAAAGUACAUCUAAUACCCCAAAUACGAAAUGCCUACGAGAAGUAAGUUGUGCCCAUCAUUAUUGGUCUAUAAAUGUAACUACUAAAAUUAAUCGCUCUUUUGUCCAAUUAUUGUAUUUAAUGUUUAUCAUAUGAAAGUGUUUAUACAAAUAUUGUGUGUAUAAAACGACCACUUUUUUUUCUUGUAUAUUGUGCAUCUAUACGUAUAAAAGUAUCGCUAUUCGUAUUUUAUUGUGUUAAACUUUUCUUGUUACACAGUACACACAUACGGUGGUAAACAAGGAAUCGAACAAGUACAAUCGCUAUCAAUAAUGUCUACUAGUACUAUACAAGAUGUUUUUUUAAUUACCGAAAAUAUUUUUUGCGAUGUGAAUGGUCAUACUGAGCAACUUUUACUAUGGGAGCAACCCCGAGAUCGCGUAGUAGAAGUUGCUCAAUAUCACUGAUAUAGAAGUAUAAGAAGAAGAAGUACAACUUAAGAAGUAUAAGGUGUAGAGGCAUCUCAAUAGGUGGUCACAAGAUCAGUAACCUUCGCUAUGCAGACGACACAACAUUGUUUGCUUCUUCAGAACAGGAACUAGCCGAAUUGUUUAGGAGGGUAGAGCGUGAAAGCAAAAUGGUAGGGCUCUCGGUUAACAAAUCGAAGACCAAAAUCAUGGUCAUUGAUCGAGCUGGAUUGCUUGUACGGACUGGUGAACUGUCGGACCUCGAAUGUGUAAAAGAGUUUGUCUACCUGGGCUCACUCAUCAGCAAUGAGGGCGGCUGUGAGAAAGAAAUUCGAAGACGCGCACAGAUGGCAAAAGGCGCCAUGACCAAAUUGAACACAAUUUGGCGGAACAGAAACGUCUCCAAUGACACCAAGAUGAGACUUGUGCGGUCUUUAGUGUUUUAAAUUUUUCUCUACGGCUCGGAGUCCUGGUCAAUACGGGAAAUAGACAGGAAAAGAAUUGAGGCAUUUGAGAUGUGGUGUUGGAGGAGAAUGUUACGCAUACCGUGGACAGCAAAACGAACCAACAAAUCCAUUCUCAACCAACUCAGGAUCAAAUCCAGACUAUCCACAAUCUGUUACCAACGAGUCCUGAGCUAUUUUGGACAUAUUGCUCGAAGGCAGCCAGAUAACCUAGAGAAACUGGUUGUUGUUGGAAAAGUGGAUGGCAAGAGGCCAAGAGGACGGUCACCCACCCGUUGGUCCGAUCAAGUAAGGAACGUUACAGGACUUACUGUCACUGCUGCCCUUAGACAAGCCGAAGACAGGGUGAAAUGGAAGCAGCUCGUCGAGGCCUCGGUGAAGGCAUUUCAAGACAGGCACGACCUUCAGUAAUGAAGAACACCUUAUACUUAAAACAAAGUCCCCCGCCGCGUCUGUCUGUGUGUUUGUUCGCGAUAAACUCAAAAACUAUUGAACGGAUUUUCAUGCGGUUUUCACCUAUCAAUAGAGUUAUUCUUGAGGAAGGUUUAGGUGUAUAAUUUGUUAACCCGUGCGAAGCCGGGGCGGGUCGCUAGUAUAUAUAUAAAUAUUCAACUCGCAAAAUAUUGCCGGUAAUUAAAAAAGCACCCGGUAUAACAGGGUAAAAAUAUCAGUCUUUUAUGGACUACCUACCCUGAGGGCUCUUUCCCACUGAGGUCCAGCUUUUUACUGAAUCCCGCAAAAAUCAUGAGUGUGUGAACUCACCGCAAUGAAGAACUCCGUAAAUGAAGUGUUAAAAAUUACCUGUAUUUCAUAGAACAUUUCUUCUACUACUGACUGUUAUAUUCCCGCUUUAGAUUUUAUAUGAAUAUCGUAUUAUGUAUUAAUAUUAACGUAAUGUCUAGUCUACUUAAAAAUGUUAUUGCUUCAAGUUUCGGUGUUGACGUAUGAGCGCAAAAGCGAAAUACUAUUAUAAAAAUAUUUUUAUGUAUAUUUUUUGUUAUUGAAAA